AUGGGCCUCAUCCUGCUCAUUGCCAUUCCAAUCCUGAUGCAGGCGCCGUCUGCGAGCCGGGCCCACUACGAGAUGAUGGGCACCUGCCGCAUGAUCUGCGACCCCUACAGUGCCAGCAGCGUGGCUGCUGGGCCCUCCAGCCAUUCUGGGGGCACCGCCGCCCUGGAGGCCCUGCAGGAGCUGAGCGCCAACCCGCCGUCUCCCCUGCCACCAUUUUUCCAGGGUCCCAAGGGCGAUCCUGGCCGCCCGGGCAAGCCGGGGCCAAGAGGGGCCCCUGGGGAACCAGGGCCGCCGGGCCCUAGGGGUCCCCCCGGAGUGAGGGGUGAUUCGGGGAAGCCAGGACUGCCAGGCCUAUCGAUGUCCCGAAUCGGACCACCAGGAGCAGCGACUACAGUUGGAGUAGCCGGAUCAGGCGUGAGUGGCAGUAGCAGCCCACCGCCAGGAGGCGAGGUAACUGGCGCGCUGAGUGCUGCCUUCAGUGGCCCCAGAAUCGCCUUCUAUGUGGGCCUGAAGAGCCCCCACGAGGGCUAUGAAGUGCUCAAAUUCGACGAUGUGGUGACCAACCUGGGCAACCACUAUGAGCCCAGCACGGGGAAGUUCACCUGUCAGGUGCGCGGCAUCUACUUCUUCACCUACCACAUCCUUAUGCGCGGCGGUGAUGGCACCAGCAUGUGGGCAGACCUCUGCAAGAAUGGGCAGGUGCGAGCUAGUGCCAUCGCUCAGGACGCAGACCAGAAUUAUGACUACGCCAGCAACAGUGUCGUGCUUCACCUGGACUCGGGAGAUGAAGUCUAUGUCAAACUGGAUGGAGGCAAAGCCCAUGGAGGCAACAACAAUAAAUACAGCACUUUCUCUGGCUUUCUUUUAUAUCCUGAUUGA